GAGCAGUAGGGGGACAAACCGGCAUUUGAAAUCCCAAUGUGUCAGGUACGGAUUUAACAUCCGAGUGGCCUGUGUUCGUGAAAACGGGGAGAAUACGCUAGAAGGCGGGGGACGUCAGAAAAGGGCUCGACGAGGAAGCCGCCGAGGUUUUAGUGACCGUCUGCACACCCGGAUUUGAGGAUGCACUUGACCGAGUUUGAGACCCCCGACAUGUCGGCCACUGCGGUAAUGCCCUCCUCCGUGGAGCUGGAAGCCCGCAGCACUGAUGACAUCAUCGUGUCUCUAGAUGACAUCACCGUGGAGGCUAAUGAGUCGUCAGAGGAGGAGGUGCUCUGUGAGAUAGAAGAGAAAACGGGGGCCCUGGCCAGUAUCAACCCCUCACCCCCUACGACCAGGCUAGAGGAAGUACAGACACAGCAAGGCCACGUCCCACGGCCGGACUCCCUGGGCCUGGCCGCGUCCGAGUCGCCGCUGUGGACCUCCAGGGGCGACUGCGAGGUGAAGCUGAGGCUGGCGGAGUCGGGCCCGGCGGCAGAGCCCCCCGUCACCGUGAACCAGAUGUUCAGGAAGGCGGUGGAGAGGUUCGGGAAGCACACGGCGCUGGGCUGGAAGGAGAGCGAGCAGUGGAGGACGGCCAGCUACGAGGAGUACUACCAGCUGUGCCGCACGGCCGCCAAGGGCCUCCUCAAGCUGGGUCUGGAGCGGUACCAUGGUGUCGGUAUCCUGGGCUUCAACUCCCCGGAGUGGUUCAUCACGGACAUCGCUGCUAUUUUGGCAGGCGGGUUUGCGGUGGGCAUCUACACCACCAACUCCCCGGAGGCGUGCCAGUAUGUGGCGGAGAACUGCCAGGCCAACAUCUUGGUGGUGGAGAACCACAAGCAGCUGCAAAAGAUCCUGCAGAUUCAAGACAAGCUUCCACAUCUGAAAGCCAUAAUUCAGUAUAAGGAUUCUCUGAAGGAAAAGAAACCAAAUUUAUACACGUGGGCGGAGUUCAUGGCCUUGGCACACGACGUGCCAGACCAGCAGCUGGAUGACAUCAUCGCCAGUCAGAAGCCCAACCAGUGCUGCACCCUGAUCUACACCUCGGGCACCACAGGGCAGCCCAAGGGUGUGAUGUUAAGUCACGACAACCUGACAUGGACAGCCUACUCCACGGGACAGAACCUGCGGCUGAGUGAGGCCGACGUGGCCCAGGAGGUGGUGGUCAGCUACCUGCCCCUGAGCCACAUCGCCGCGCAGAUGAUUGACAUCUGGCUCACCAUGCAGGUCGGCGGCGCCACCUACUUUGCGCAGCCGGACGCCCUGAAGGGUUCGCUGGUGAACACGAUGCGGGACGUGCGACCCACAGCCUUCAUGGGAGUCCCCAGGGUGUGGGAGAAGAUGCAGGAGAAGAUGAAGUCGGUGGGGGCCAAGUCAUCCACCGUGCGCCGGAAGGUGGCCAGCUGGGCCAAGGGGGUGGGGCUCCAGACCAACCUGAGCCGGAUGGAGGGGGAGAUGGCACGCACCCCCCUGAACUACCGGCUGGCCAAGAAGCUGGUGUUCCGGAAGGUCCGUAAGGCUCUGGGCCUGGACCGUUGCCGGAAGUGCUACACAGGCGCCGCCCCCAUCACCAGGGACACACUGGAAUUCUUCCUUAGCCUGGACAUCCCUGUGCACGAACUGUACGGCAUGAGCGAGUGCUCGGGCCCCCACACCAUCUCCCUGCCCGAAGCCUUCCGCCUCACCAGCUGUGGGAAAGUCCUCCAGGGCUGCGAGACCAAGAUCUCGAACCCAGACAGUGAGGGGAACGGCGAGAUCUGCUUCUGGGGCCGCCACGUCUUCAUGGGCUACCUCAACAUGCCCGAGAAGAUGGAGGAGGCGCUGGACGCGGAGGGCUGGCUGCGCUCUGGGGACCUGGGCAAGCACGACGCCGAAGGCUUCCUCUACAUCACCGGCCGCAUCAAGGAGCUGAUCAUCACGGCCGGGGGCGAGAACAUCCCCCCAGUGCCCAUCGAGGACGCGGUGAAAGAGGCCAUGCCACUGAUCAGCAACGCUAUGCUCAUUGGUGAUAAGAGGAAGUUCCUCUCGAUGCUGCUCACCGUCAAGUGCCGGGUGAACGGCGACACGGGCAUCCCGGAGGACGAGCUGACGGAGGAGGCGGUGGAGGAGUGCCGUAAACUGGGCAGCAGUGCCACCCGGGUAUCCCAGAUAGCUGGCGGGAGCGACCGGCUCAUUCACGGCGCCAUCCAGGAGUGCAUCAACCGCGUCAAUGAGAAGGCGGUCUCCAAUGCUCAGCGCAUUCAGAAGUGGACUGUGCUGGACCAGGACUUCUCUGUCAUGGGUGGAGAGCUGGGCCCGACCAUGAAGCUGAAACGACCAGUGGUAAUGAAGAUGUACAAGGAGCACAUCGAGAAUUUCUACACGGAAGCGGUGACCCCCACCACCCCCGAUAACCCUCUGCCCCCCAAAUAAGGCUCUGCAGAGGGCCCGGGUUCCAGGGGCCGGACGGGCAGGGGGACGCAGUGAAGAGACCCAGAGGUCAGAGAAGCAGUGGUUCCCGGCCGGAGAGCUCAGUCGUGCUUAACACCACCUUGGGAAGUUCUGAUUGUAAAUGUUUCCGUUUGUGUGGUUGUUGUACAUAAUGAACUAAGACCCUUGGGGGGGAAAAAACUAUUAAAUUGUUCUCAUGUUUUUACGAUAUUUAUAAGCUGAUUGUUAUUAAUAUCAUUGUAAUUAUUACUACUGUGAUGAAGUACAAUAAUUCCGUAAUUGUACUAUUUACUCUGCAAAACCAUAUGAAAAUCCAAAGUGGAAUUUGAAGGAGUUUUCAUGAAAUGGAAUUCCUGUCAAAUUGUCAGGGUUCUUUUUUUGUAUUUUGUUUCGGUUAAUUUUAUUUAUUCCUUCGAUGUUGCCAAAGUUACAAAGAGGCCAGGGCAUGUUAGGUUUCUCAGUGGAUUGUGGAAAAUCCUCGGUUUUCUCGCCAUGUGACUUAAAGACGUGAAAAAGCGUGAAAGAGCUCUGAAGCGAGCUGUCGUUUUAGCGUAGCGGUUUGUUCUUUUGCUUGUAGGUAUAAUUCCCCAUGUGUUCAUGCAGGAGAACUGCCUUCUCCAGAUUUGUCUGUGACGGCUGGUCCUGAAUGUUCUUGCAUAAUUGUAUCUUGACAGUGAAGCUUCGAUUCCUUUAAAAAUGUCUUAAUUCAGCCAUAUCGUAUCACGUUAACACCCAUAGAAUCAACAGUGUGUUUAUAAUAUAAUGAAAUGCAUAUAUUAGUGUCACACUGUGGAUUUUAGAUUUCACUACUCCGGGUACGUAACCAAAAACCCAUUUAAAAACUAUUGCAUGGAGUAACCAAGACCAAGCUCAGAUAAUCCCGAUCGUCUCUGCUGUUCUAAUGCUACCCGUAGGGUGAAGGAAUUCAGGCAGUCGGGCUCCGAUCUGAUCCUUUUCAUUGUUGGGCGACUGAUGUAUCGAUUGUGACUGAAGCUGUGAGCAGAGUUGGGCUUCAGCUCUGGGUCUGCAGCAAGCAAUUUCUAUUAAAAGUGAAAACGCUGACUGAAAAUCAA